GAGCCAGGCUUAGAAACGAGAAAAAUAAAAUCGAAUAAAAAACGAAAACAGAAGAAGUCUGAAGGUGGCGGAGGGAGGGAGAAACUACGAUUUCAACUUUGUAGCGGACUAGAAAAGUUGGCGUCAGCCCUUCUCCAACUCCCUAGUUCGCCAGGUGCGACCGAGUCCAUUCUUCUAUAUUCAAGGUCAUAUCUUUCCUCAUUUUCUUUCCACUUCUCUACUCUUUUUCUUCUCUAGUUUCUUUCAGACGAAUCUCCUCCUCUAAGCCAUGGCUUCUACUUCUAGACCUGCCUGUAAAUCUUCUCCUCUUUUGUUUUUGUUUAUCUUCGCAUUCGGUUUGCAGACUUGCCAUGGCUCCGGGACCUUCGGCUUCGAUAUUCACCACAGGUUCUCGGACCCCGUCAAGGGAGUUCUCCCCGUCGACGACUUGCCAGAGAAGGGAAGUCUUGAUUACUACUCUGCUUUGGUCCAUCGAGACCGUUUUAUUAGAGGCCGCGGACUUGCUAGCAACGACAAUAAUCAGUCUCUCACUUUCAUCAAUGGGAACACUACCAUUCGUCAGAAUGCCUUGGGAUUUUUGCAUUAUGCCAAUGUUUCACUGGGGACACCAAGUUUGUCAUAUCUGGUGGCACUGGACACCGGAAGUGACCUGUUCUGGGUGCCAUGUAAUUGUGUCAACUGCCUUAAAACAUUGAGGAGGUCGUCUGGAGCUGUGGUAAAUCUCAACAUUUACGGUCCAAAUAUUUCAACAACUAGCAAAAUUGUUUCCUGCAACAGCAGUUUGUGUGAAAGUCAAAGAUGUUCUGGAACACCAAAUGUUUGCCCUUAUAGUGUUUCAUAUCUUUCUAAUGGUACUUCAUCUGCUGGAUACUUGGUGGAGGAUAUUUUGCACUUGACGACAAACAAUAUUCGUCCAGAAUUUGUUGAUGCACCAAUCACAUUUGGUUGUGGUAAAGUUCAGACUGGUUCUUUUCUGGUUGGUGCUGCCCCCAAUGGUUUGUUUGGGCUUGGUAUGGAUAAAUUAUCGGUUCCAAGCAUUUUAUCAAGUGCAGGCUUCACUGCAAAUUCUUUCUCCAUGUGUUUUGGAACAGAUGGUAUUGGAAGAAUCGUUUUUGGAGACAAAGGUAGCACAGACCAUGAAGAAACUCCAUUUGAAAUUAACCAGUUACACCCAACAUAUAAUAUCACAAUGACUCAGAUAAUUGUUGAAAAUGAUGCCAUCGAAAUCAAUUUGAGUGCAAUUUUUGACUCAGGAACUUCAUUCACAUACUUAACUGAUCCAGUUUACACGCGUCUUGCUGAGAGUUUCAACGCCCAGGCCCAAGACAAACGAAAUCAACCUGAUCCCCAAAUACCAUUUGAAUACUGCUACAGUAUUAGUUUGAAUGCGACAAGCAUCAUCGUACCUAAUGUAACUCUAACCAUGAAAGGUGGAAAUCAGUUUCCUGUUCUUGAUACCAUAGUUGUAGUCUCUUCCAAAGAUGCACUGUAUUAUUGUUUGGGUGUUGUAAAGAGCCCGGAUGUGAACAUCAUUGGUCAAAACUUCAUGACUGGGUACCAUUUAGUAUUUGACCGUGAGAAGCUGGUAUUGGGUUGGAAGCAAUCCAAUUGUUACGACAUCGAGGUUUCCAACACUUCGAUAGUAAAUACUCGAAACUCUACUGUAGUGCCUCCUGCUGUUGCUGUUGAACCGGGUAACCAUAGUCGUGAAGCCACGACACAGACUGGGAAUGGUUCAAAUAUGUCAGGAACAUUACCUCCUCCCAUUCAGGGCUGGUCAUUACUUUUGAGUUCCUUCAGUUGCAUUUUCUUGGUUCUUCCAUUUUUAGGCAAGUUUUGAUCAUUCUCCUUGGACUAUAUACAGCCUAUUACAUCAAAUUUUUUAGACCAGCCAGUUUAUCACGUCUAUUUAUAGACCUCCUACCCCCAAUUGUCCUCCGAUAGCUACACUUUACACUAAAAUGGAGGCAUUCCUGGUUUCCUUCCCUUUGGCCAGGUGGUAAGUUUAAUCAUUUUCCUUUCUAAGCAUGCCAUCACAUUACUUUUGAACUAUUGAUUGUAAACAUUUAUAAUAAGUUAAUAACCAGGUGUUGAUAGUAUUUAUAGAAGGGAGCUGUUAUAAAUA